AUGGAUGCCAAAAAUUCCUAUCCAUCUACUUCUCUGCCUGAUGGUUCAAAGGAACAAGAACCCUCCCAACCGAAGCCCAGCGAGUCCCAUCAACCCCCGUCACAAAGCUCCCUGACCUACACAAAGGCACCCUCUAGUACCGAAGCUUCAGGGCAAAGUGUGACUGCCCCUACCGACACCCCGCACUCAUUUGAGAAUGAAGCUAGCUUUGCUCGUCAGCAUCGGUUAGCCCUAGCCGCAGAUCAGCAAGAUCUAGCGCACGCCGGUUCAUGGGCAACCAUCGGACGGUUAGACGAUAUCGGAAACGAUUCUAUGCUAUCCCCUAAUUACCAAGCCGGUACCGCCGUCGAUUCUGCGAGACGAGGAAAUGGUUUGGCCAGUUCAGUCGUGGAUGAGGCCGUGGAGCUCCUUAGGGCAAGUUUACACCGCAAGGUGUGA